GAUUGGUUUUAGUUUUUCUUUAACCAUAUAAUCCACUUUUCCUCUAUUCACUUGCAAAAAAUGUCUACCCGAUCUACAGGAUACUCUACCAAUGAAGAUAUGAUAUUAUGCCAAGUUUAUUUAGAUGUAUCUCAAGAUUCAAUAACGGGUAUAAAUCAAUAUAGAGAUAAUUUUUGGGGUCGAGUGGAAGAUGGGUACAAUAGUGCAAAGGAUGAGUGUUGGGAGUAUCGCAACAAAAGAUCGUUGGAAUGUCGAAUUAAAGUUAUUGAGAAGGCUAUAAGAAAAUUAAAUGAUUGUGUACGUCAAGUUGAAAAUUUGCAUCCUAGUGGUGCUUCAAAUAAAGAUAUUAUUAAUCAAGCAAAAUGUUUACUUAUGCAAGAUCCGAACUACAAAAAAUGUUUUAAAUUUGAUCAUGUGUGGGAUAUGAUGAAGUAUUUUGAGAAGUUUAAAGAUGUCGAUGCUGGAAGUAAAAAAGUUCGAAAGCAAGGCUCUUCUUAUAUAUCAUCGGAGUCUGAGACUCCUACUCCUGAUUAACCUCUAGUAUCAUCUCUCCUAACUUAUCAUCAUUUUCACUAAAUUUGAAUGAGGAUGUUUCAGGUGAUUCCACAUUAUCACAACGACCUAUUAGGGUGAAGAAAGCAAAAUUAAAGAGAAAAGUCGAAGAAGGUUUUUCAUCUGCUAUGCAAAUGGUCCAAUCAGAAAAUAAUUAGCUUGUUGAGUUGUUAGCAAAGUCAGGUGCAGACAGGCAGCGAGAUUUGGAGAUCAAAGAUAGAGCUUUGAAACUAAAAGAAUUUAAAGAAGAAAAUAAAAUUUUAUUGUCGAAUUUAGAUUCUAUUGGUGAUCCAAAUAUUCGUGAAUUUAUUCAACAAGAACAAAAAUGAAUAAUGGAUAAAAGAAGUCAACAAUUUCAACAGCCACAACCACAACAAUCCUCUGCCCAUACACUCAAUAUUUUAAUGAUAUUGGUGGAUCUGGAAACGACCUACCAGAGUACUAAAUUAUGGUUAUAAUUUUCUAAAUUAUUAUGUUGUUUAAUGUAUUUUCAAUUUUGAAUGUAUUGAACAUUGUUAUGUUAUUGAUCA